GUGACGUCAUACGGGCAAGGAGACGUGGCACGGAGACCGUCACUCGGAAGCACGCGCUCUACAGGGCAGAACUAAGCAGCUCGAAACGCUGCUCUCAGCCUUUAACACGCAGACAGCUCAGUCUUCGAGGCUGUACGAUAGAGAUUAUGGCUUCAAAUAACGGUCAGGUUGGAAAGUGGGAAGUCGUGAAAAAAAGCAAGAAACCGGGCAGCGGCGGAGGGAAAAAUCCAGGUGAAAAGAAAGCUGGACGGAAAGCUCUGAGCGAAUCAUCCAACACGACGAGGAUCAACCAGCUUCCACCCCUGGUGACAUCGGACACGUUGUUUGAGGGUUUCGAGAAGAUGGGGAAAAAACACAACAAGGAGCAGGUUCCUCCUGCCGAGUCCAGCAACAAGAAGUCUUCCGCGGGGAAACAGAAGCCCAAGGCUCCCCUGUCCUCCUCGCCGACACACGGCGCACACAAGACUUUGGAGGAGGCCUUCAACGCCCUGAAUGUGUCGGAGCUUAAACAGCAGUUAGCCCGGAGCCAGACUCUGUUUCCUGAUAACCCUUCAGUCUGGGUCAAAGACCUGGCAGGAUACCUAAACCAUCACCUGAACGCACCAGAGACGGAACCUACCCUGAGUAGCUACGCACACGAUUACCCAUACUGCCUUGCAGGGAAGGAGCUGAAGACCGUUGUCAAGGCUCUGAUUGGUCGCUGCAGUGACAGUCUCCAGGACUUCUUUGAUCACUGUGUUUACACCAUGCUAAGAGAACUGGACAAACCGAUAGGAGAUCCUCUCCAUGGUUACAGAGUGUGUAUCCAGGCAAUCCUACAAGACAGGCCCAGAAUAGCAACACAGAACCUGCCUGAGUAUCUGGAGUUGCUGCGGUCCGUUCAAAACCGUCCGGUCAAAUGUCUAACCAUCAUGUGGUCGCUGGGACAGAGUGGCUUCUACGACCUCAGCCAGGGGCUACGAGUCUGGCUGGGCAUCAUGCUGCCCGUCCUCGGGGUCAAGGCCCUGUCCUCAUAUGCCAUCGCCUACUUGGAGAGACUGCUACUGCUUCAUGCCAACCUGACUAAAGGUUUUGGGAUCAUGGGUCCUAAAGAGUUCUUUCCAUUGCUGGACUUCGCCUACAUGCCCAAGAAUGCCCUGUCUCCCAGCCUCCAGGAACAGUUGCGUGGACUGUACCCUCGUCUGAAGGUGUUAGCAUUUGGGGCGAAGCCCGAGACGACCCUUCACACCUACCUGCCGUCCUUCCUGUCCCGGGCCACGCCCAACUGUCCUGAUGAUAUGAAGAGAGAGUUGCUCUCCUCCAUGGUGGAGUGUGUGUCUGUGGACCAGCAGAGUCUAGGGGUCUGGAGACAACUUUACACAAAACACCUGCCGCAGUCCAGUCUGCUGUUGAAUCAUCUACUGAAGUCCUGGAACUCUCUGCCACCUAAGCUGUGUGCUUGUCUGCAGGAGACAGUCCAGUCGUUCAAAGUGACCAAUGAGGAGCUGAAAGACUCAGCCAACUCUGUUCACCUACAGGAAUGCAAUACACUCUGUCACUCUCUCCAGAUGAAAAUGUCCAGUGGAGGUUUCCCCUGGGCCAAACUCCUCAUGGCCCUGCUGGUGUUCACAGCCUGCUUCAUCACUCACGACAUCCGAUCACACGGUUCCUUCACAGACUCCAUCACAGCGAAGUAUCUUCACAGUUCUGGGGUGACAGGCGUUUCACAGCAGGCAUGGAGUAAGGUCAUCCUCUACUCCCAGCAGGGUUUCAGCUGGCUGGAGACAAACGCGCCCUACUACUACUCCGAGGGUGCCCGCGUGUUGGGCCCGGCAAUGGAGCACGCUUGGGUCCGAACCAAGGAGGCUGUUGUCUACAUCUCACAGCUCACAGCACAACUGCUGGCCUGGAUCGGUCGGAACACGCCUCUGCUGAUUGAAUGGCUGAGUUCCAAUACUCCAGAUAGUGUUUUCCAGCUGGUGGAUUAUCUGAAGCAGCUUUUACUCUUCCUCCACACAAACUACAUGGUCCCGGCUCUCAGCUACACAGCACAGUGCAUACAGGCAGCGUGCAUAACUCUACAACGCUCCUGCGAUGGGGAGGUGACAAUUUCCUGUCUGCAGGACCACGCCGUCUCUCUGACCAACUCCACCUUGCUCCUCCUACAAGACGCCACCGCGGCAAUCAAGACCUGGGCUCAGAACCUGCUACACACCUGAUGCACACAGACAGUCGGAGGCGGUCUUUAAUUGCGUUGUGUCCUCCCUCCCACCCAUACCUCCUCUCUCAACCUCUUUUCCUUGCCUCCCCUCUCCACCUCCCCUCUCCACCUCCCCUCUCCACCUCUCUGUGCUUCUCAUCUUUCUAUGAUUCAUUCCCAUCAGCUUCACUCUCUUCGUCUUUGUCCAUUUCUGGCUGGUAGUUGACCUGCAUGCUGUUUUAUAAAUAGUUUUUCUACACAUUACUGCUUAUCUAUUUCUAUCUCUGGGAUCCACUCACUUUUCAAUAAAGACUAAUUUCUAAUGCGGUUAUUAUAAGGGGUUAUAAGCACUGUAUUCAGGGUUCUGGACAGGUUAUUCAUGGUAAUAAACAGGGCUCCUAUAAAGAAGUGCCAAACAGAGAUGCCUCUCUGCCAUGACUGCUAGGCUGCUGAGCUAAAAACCUCAGAAAAUGUGGGUGACUACUUCUACUCCUUUUUUAGUUAUACUUGAAGACUCUUGAUGGGGUGUGUGCGAUGAUUGACCUCUGUUUUAGCUACUCUGUCUAAUGCCUGAUGUGACCUUUAACCCCACUCCCUCCUUUUAAGACCAAACUUUUUGGAAAACUAUUUUAUUGUUAAUUUGUUACUUUAUAAAUGUGAAUGAUUUAUAAUAAAAACUCCAGCCCCAUUC